UGCGUCUCCCGAGCCGGGCGCCGGUUGCUGGUGGAAAGUGAGCGAGCGAUGCUGCCACCGCCACUUCCUGAUUGGCUGCAGGUGGCUACGUCUUCGUUCUGAUUGGCAGCGAGUGAACUGGAUGAUGCUCAGCAAGGGUCUAAAGCGCAAGCGGGAGGAGGAAGAGGAGGAGGAGGUGGUGGAGAAGGAAACCCUGACCGUGGAUACCUGGUGGCUGGACUCAGGCCCCCCAACAGCACAAGCCCCUCCAGUUGUAGCCUCCAACUCCCUCUUUGACCUCUCCGUGCUCAAGCUCCAUCACAGCCUGCGGCAGAGCGAACCUGACCUGAGACACUUGGUGCUGGUGGUGAACACACUGCGCCGGAUCCAGGCUUCCAUGGCCCCCUCGGCAGCCCUCCCCUCCGUGUCCAGCCCACCCCCGGCCCCCAUGGAGACUGAUAACUUGCUGGCCAGCUCAGAUGCCGCCCUCUCAGCCUCCAUGGCUGGCCUCUUGGAGGACCUUAGCCAUAUUGAGGGCCUGAGUCAGGCCCCACAACCCCUUCCAGACGAGGGGCCACCAGGCCGCCCCAUUGGGGGAGCUCCAGCAGGCUUGGGUGCCUUGGACUUGCUAGGCCCAGCCACAGGCUGUCUGCUGGACGAUGGACUGGAGGGUCUGUUUGAGGAUAUUGAUACUUCUAUGUAUGACAGCGAACUCUGGGCACCUGCAGCUGCCGAGGGCCAUAAACCGGACUCUGAGAACGGGCUGGGGAAGGAGGAAGCUCCUGUGUUGGAUGAGGCGGAGCUGGACUACCUCAUGGAUGUGCUGGUGGGCACACAGGGGCUUGAGCGCUGACCCCCAGGGCUGGGAUAGUUAGCUGAGCUGAGUCUGGUGGUAUGACCAGCCCUUCCUAGAGACACACGGCUGGCUUCCCUGGAACAGAGGAUGGGGCCUGACCAUCUUGGAGAGACAGAAUCGCUCCCUGGGCAAGUUCACGUCCAUCCUCUUGUCUGGGGCUGGUGGUGGAGUGGAAUAGGCCCCUACUGAUGAGUGACAGGACCUGGUGAUUGACAUGCUUGGCCCAGGCCCUGUACUAGACUGUAUUUCCUGGGGCACUAACCCUGGUUUUUCCUUCCCUAAUAUGGGAAGAGAUCUCAACUUAUUUUUUUGAAAUUAAAAGCAUUCUUGAG